AGCUUGUACACGCCUACGCUAAGUAAACCCGUCGACUGUAAUCCUCACUGUACACAGCUGAAUCCUCUGCGGGCAUUUUCCGCCUCACUUUUAAGUUUGUUCCAGACACAGAAAUAGAAAGAAAUGGACAACUCCGGGAAAGAGAAGGAGGCGAUUCAGCUGAUGGCAGACGCCGACAAAAAAGUCAAGUCCUCCGGCUCUUUCUUGGGAGGGAUGUUCGGAGGAGGACAUCACAAAGUAGAGGAGGCCUGUGAGAUGUACUGCAGAGCGGCCAACAUGUUCAAGAUGGCCAAGAACUGGAGCGCUGCUGGAAAUGCAUUCUGCAAGGCUGCACGUCUACACAUGCAGCUGCAGAACAAACACGACUGUGCUACCAGUUUCAUCGAUGCAGGAAAUGCGUACAAGAAGUCCGACCCCAACGAGGCAAUCAAGUGUUUAAAUGCGUCCAUCGAUAUAUACACAGACAUGGGAAGAUUCACCAUUGCAGCCAAACACCACAUCAGUAUCGCAGAGAUCUACGAGUCUGAUCUGGUGGAUAUUGAAAAGGCUAUUGCACAUUAUGAACAAGCAGCAGACUAUUACAAAGGAGAAGAAUCAAACAGUUCUGCCAACAAGUGUCUGCUGAAGGUUGGAGCUUACUGCGCUCAGCUGGAGCAGUAUCAGAAGGCUAUUGAGAUCUAUGAGCAGGUUGGAGCCAACACGAUGGACAACCCGCUGCUGAAGUACAGCGCCAAAGAGUAUUUCUUCAAAGCCGCCCUAUGUCAUUUCAUCGUUGACGAGCUCAACGCUAAGAUCGCUGUUGAAAAAUACGAGGAGAUGUUCCCGGCUUUUUCAGACUCCAGAGAAUGCAAGUUGUUGAAGAAACUUCUGGAGGCUCAUGAGGAACAGAACAGCGAGGCUUUCACAGAGGCAGUGAAGGAGUUCGACUCGAUCUCCCGUCUGGACCAGUGGCACACAACCCUCCUGCUGCGCAUCAAGAAGACCAUCCAGGGCGACGAAGGCGACCUGAAAUGAAAGAAGCGUCGGCGUGGAGCUGCAGCACAGAGGGACAAAUCCAUCACGCAUGCUUUUCACACACAAACACACCAAACAGUAGACACUUCCACACUCGCCUCGCUGCGUUCAGCAUCGACAGAGGAGUGACGACUCUGAAUAUCCCACUGCACACUGCUAUACUGUCAGAUCUUUGCUUUCCUUACUGAAUCUAGUCAGAAUGUAAAUCCUCUCGCCCUCACCUCUGUCUAGAGGAUUGCUGCAUACCUUUAUCUGCUGAAAUCCUGCCUGGGGGGAUUUCACAGCUUUAUUUUUUGUUUUGAUGUUAGCGUUGACAAAGAAGAACUGCAUGUUUUGUACAAUUAUUGUUUCCUAGCAGCUUUUUUUAAAUCUAGGUUAUUAUAUAUUUAAACAGAUUCUUUUAAUGAUUCAGUUUCAUGGUGUGUAUGGAUUUUAAAUUAUUCUCUUAAUUUGUAUUUGCUGGAAUAGAAGUUCUUAAAGCGGAAUUAUUUAGGGUUUCCAUGUUAUCACCACAGGAGGUGACUCUUCUUGAAAAAAGGGCAAUGAUAUGCACUAAGUGUAGACUGUUAAACAUUUGUACUUAAACCGUAUCGUUUUAUUAUAUUUCAUUUAUAUUUCCUUAGGAUUCGUUGGUGUUUGAAUGUUUGAAGCUACGAUUUAUAGUUUGCCUGUAAAGACUGUACUUCUGAAUGAAGAGCACUGACUCCUUCUUCCCAGGGCAGUAAUCUGGGGCUCAUCAUUAGUCACUCAUCUCGUGUCGUGUUGUGAUCUUCUCCUCGAAGGUUUUCUACCGCGGUGAACCUUCCUAACGGCCAGUUGCUAAGCAUGUCAUUGUGUAUAGUUCAGUGUUGUGUACAUUCACUAGUGUUGGCCAGACCAAAGUUUUUACAGGAGGGUCGGUGUGCCCAGCUUCUUCCAGGUGGAAUGCCAGCAGGCUGUGGAUAUGAUCUGUAUGCUUGUGCAAAUUGACAUUAAUAAAGGUAUUAUAUCCCA